CAGUACCAGGGGAAUGUAUAAGUGAGUAGGUAAUUCUUAGUACAACUGAAACUCGCCAGGAAAGAGAGUAAACAGGGAAUUGGUCAACAGAUCAGGGACUAAUAAGUUCUGUCUCAACAAGAUGUCUCACUCGUGCCCCCUCCAGCACUGGGUGUGUACACUGAUCCUAGCAGCGAGUGUUUGGGAGCUAGUAACCGCAGCUGACAGAGGUUACGGUACUCAGUUUGGAAAUUCGGAAAGCACAAGAGACUGCACAGGGAAGUGCAACCACCGAGGAAAUACCUAUAACGCGGGGGAGAAGUUCUCUUACACCGAAGGCUGCAUCAAAUUCAACUGUGAGUGUCACUGUAAUGGAUGGUACGACUGUCCACGGGAAAAGAACGAAGACAUUUGUCGAAACAGAAAUACCGAUCGUACAGGUCCUUCCGGUCAAAACUGUAAGGAGUGUAACGUACACGGGGUGUUAUUUCCAAGUAACGCCCCCUUUAAUUAUAACCGUGGUUGUACAGAGCUGAGCCAGUGUCACUGUCACUGCAAUGGCUUCUGGAACUGUACACAAGGCAGGGACAUCUGUCGUAACACUAUGAUAACUCAACUUUCUGGUGGAGGGAGUCGUUCUUAUUCCUCAGGGUCGUACAGUAGUGGUAGCUCGUCGUCACAGAGUAGCGGAUCCUCUAGCCGACAAUCCGGUGGAUAUUCAAGUGGAUCAUCCUCCUCUUCUUCGGACGGAUUAUACUCAAGUAGUGGUUCUAGAGGUGGUGGUGCAGGUGGGAGCUUUGGAAGUUCCAAUUCAAGAUGUAGACAAUGUUUGGUAUCACAGGACAGAUUGGAAAAUCCAAAUACUUAUUUCAAAUACCGGAAUGGAUGCUCUGAAUGGGACAGUUGCUUCUGUAACUGUGAAGGUAGAUGGAGCUGUGAUGAUAAAACUUAUAAGAAAGUGUGUGGACAAGGCGGGGGAAGUGGCGUGGAUCUGAGCGGAGGCUCUUGUACCCCAUGUGAUGUUUAUGGAAAGAUUCAGCUCGGAAACACCGACUUUGUACACAGAAAUGGAUGCCAUGAAUGGACAGACUGUCAUUGCUCAUGUGGAGGAUCUUUCUAUUGUUCUAACACGAGCUACCGGUGGGCAUGUGACAAUAUAUGUCGUGAGUGUAGUGUCGACGGAAGGAAAUAUGCAGGAAAUACAGAAUUUUCCCACACCGUUGAUUGUAUAACCUAUGAUCCUUGCCAGUGUCACUGUAACGGGUCAUGGUCAUGUCCUCCCGAGGCAGGAAAGUGGACGUGUACGGAUCGAUGUAGAGAAUGUGACGUGGAUGGAAAUCGGUAUCAAGGGAACAGCGAGUUCCGUCAUAAAGAGGGCUGCUGGGAAUGGGACCACUGUCAGUGUAAUUGUAACGGGUCCUGGAAGUGCCCCAAAGAACAUGCUAAGUGGACCUGUUCACAGCAGUGUAGAGACUGCGUGUUGGACAAUCAAACAUACGCAGCCAAUUCUCCUUUCACAUUCGAGCGAGGGGACUGUUAUAGAUUUCACUGUCAGUGUGGAUGUAACGGUUCCUAUGAAUGUCCCCCAGAAAAAACCGAAAACACGUGUUUGAUUGACCCCAGCACAGGAUGUUAUCCUUGUGAUGUACACGGGAAAACCUACAAAGGUCAAUCAGUGUUUAAUCACACAGACGGCUGUAUGCAAUAUCAGGAUUGUAUAUGUAAUUGUAAUGGAUUCUGGGAAUGUCCAGGUUCAAAAGCAGUGGACACUUGCCACCCUCAUACUUCAGGUAGCUGUUAUACCUGUGACGUAAAUGGGAACAAGGUGGCUGGUGGGUCCCGUUUUACAUUAGAGGACGGGGACUGGCGCUUUGAUUGUGAGUGUUACUGUAACGGGGGGUGGCAAUGUUCAGCAGAAGCCAUAUACACUGGUGACACCUCCCAUCAUGUUGAAAAUCAGUGUAAAGAUUGCUAUUUCCUAGGCCGCCGUCAUACAAGCAGGACUUCCUUCGAUAGCCAAUGGGGUUGUAUUAAGUACAAAUGUCAGUGUAACUGUGAUGGAAAGGUAGAGUGUCCUGUUGAACAAGCAACCAGUGUAUGUUCUUCAUAUAGCCACUACUUCCAGGAAUUCCAACUGAAGUCUCUUGGUAGCACACCAGUAAAGUAUUGUUCAGCUUGCAAAAUUAAUGAUCACUUCUUCCCUGGUAAUUCCCAAUUUGAAUAUGUGGAUGGAUGCCAUCGGCAUAUGCUGAGGUGCUAUUGUAAUUCUGGAUACAGAGUCGCCAAAAAGAUCAUCGACUCGUGUGUAGAGGGUAUCAUAUCUGGGACUAUAAAGUACUCAAAGAAAUCAGCUGUUUUUCUCUCAGUGUCUCAACAGUGUGAUCGCAAGUGUAUUGUAAAUGGCAUUGAACACGCAUCAAGAUCUUCCUUCGAAAUAUACGUUGGAUGUUCGACAUACCGCUGUCAGUGUGCGUGUAACGGUCUGCCUCAGUGUCAAGCUCCCAUAGAUAGGUUAUGUAAUCUACAAAUACACGUCAUAAGCAACUCAAGGAUAACAGGUGGAUCCAGCAGUUCGUCACAUGUCGGCGGUGUACACGUCCAGUCUGGUGGAUCAACUGUCGUCAAUGGUGGUAGCCAUUCUAGUAGGAGGGUCAUAUCUGGUGGAAGCUCCUCUAGGGGCACAGUCGUAUCAGGCGGAAGCAGAAGAGUCAUUACCGGAAGUAGUCAUUCUUCCAGUGGAGGGGUUAUAAGUGGAGGAGGUAGCUCCUCAAGCACAAGAAUAGUAAGUGGUGGAUCUCGAGUUGUCGGUGGUGGAUCUCGUGUUGUUAGCAGCGGAUCUCGAGUUGUCAGCGGGGGAUCGUCGGUCGUUUCUAGCGGAAGUACAGGAAGUUCUAGAGUCAUACGGAGAAGAAUUGUAUCAACAGGCGGUGGUGGAGGAGGAGUCUCGGUGACUAGGGGAGGAUCUACGUCAGUUGUCAUCAGAGAUAAUGGGGUAUCAAACAGUGAUUGUCAUUUUUGUGUGGUGGAGGGCAGACGGUAUCAUGGUAUGGCUGUAUUUGAUUAUAAACGAGGCUGUGUUCGAUAUAGGUGCCAGUGUGACUGCAAGGGGUAUGCCAUCUGCCGGGCUGUUAGUAUUAACGAAUGCUUUGCUGAAAAAAGCCAGUGUAGACCUUGUUAUGUGGAAAACAAACGGUAUGAAGCAAAUUCUCGAUUCACAUUUGACAAAGAUUGCCAGAGGACAUCUUGUCGUUGUGAAUGUGACGGUAUGGCAACAUGCGUCAGAACACAGAUUCCAGGUUGUACGCAUCACGAUGGAUGCCUACAAUGUGUCUACAAUGGCGUGACCAGGGAACCUAAUACACAAUUCAACAUCGAUAAAACAUGUGAGAGAACUGUUUGUCAGUGUAAUUGUAAUGGACAAGUUCAAUGUUCAUCUCCUUUUCGCACAUGUGCACAACCUCAAACAUGCGGUGGUUGCACCGUUGAAGGACAUUAUAGGCCUGCAAAGUCAACUUUCACACUCACACAAGGAAAUUGGAGAAUGACUUGCACUUGUGAAUGUGACAAUCGUUAUACGUGUGACAGAGCCAAUGCGGAAUAUAUCGGCGAUGACUCUCAUGUUCAUGACACAUGUAGGUCAUGUACAGUUGAUGGAAAAGUUCAUCAAGGCAAAACCAAAUUUCAAAGAGAGCAGGGAUGUUACAGGUAUAGCUGCCAGUGUUUUUGUGAUGGUACCCACAACUGUGUCAGUACAGGAACGUACAUCUGCUCUAAACCAACCACUCCUGCGCCACAUAUUGAUCACCAACACUGCAAGCCCUGUAGAGUGGGAAGCCAGGAGUAUCCGUCGGAACAGCCUUUCAGUCUAGAUCGGAGCUGUAAGCGGUACAAUUGUGAGUGUUACUGCAGUGGUCGCUAUGGAUGUCAAGAUUCGGGGGAGAAUACAUGUCACCAUGGCUCUCAUGCAACAACAACGCCGGCCCCACAACCAACAUGUACUAAAUGUCACGUGCAAGGAAAGGACUAUUCGCCAAACACCAAAUUUACAAUUGUUUAUGACAAGUGUCGCGUGCUUAACUGUAAAUGUUCUUGUGAUGGCACCCAUGAUUGUGACAGAGAGGUUACGAAUGUCUGUGGUCCGGGUCAGAAUCAGUGUAGAUCGUGUACUCACGAUGGUGUCACUCAUCAAUCCGGUAAGCGUUAUCGUCGAGUAGAGAACUGUGUGGAGUAUGACUGCGAGUGUGGAUGUGACGGAAGUCCUCGGUGCAGCGCCCUCCGGCGGGUCUGUCACGAGAGGCCUCAGUGCAGAUCAUGUACAGGUCCUGAUGGUCAGGAACAUCAACCAUACACACAGUUUCUCUAUGACAAGGACUGUCUUAGAUACACAUGUGACUGCGCAUGUAACGGAAGCUACAACUGUCCCUCAGAGAAAACUAGAAGAAUUUGCCCCGAGCCUACACGAGCACCGCCUCGAUGUCGACCAUGCACGGAUCCCAACGGACGACGACAUCCUGCAAACAGUCAGUUCACGUACGAUAAGGAUUGCCAAAGACACCGCUGUAACUGUGCCUGUGACGGAACUUACAACUGUCCCUCGGGGAACAUCCGCAGAAUAUGCAGGAACGGCGAGAAUAAACCUCAAUGUAGACCGUGCACGGAUCCAGUGGGGCGGCAACAUCGUUCAGGUAGCGAGUUUAUAUACGACAAAGAAUGCCAUCGGUACACGUGUACUUGUGACUGCAGUGGCGAGUACAAUUGUCCUGCUGAGAAAACAAUCAACUACUGUGAUCGUGGAUCCUCUCAAACAGGUGGCUCCAUAAGCAGUGGUAGGUCAUCAUAUCAGAAUGUUUCGUCCAGCAGUGAUGGAUCAACUCAUCAUAGCGGUUCCUCUAGCAGUAGUUGGUCAACACACCAAAGUGGUUCCUCUAGCAGUAGUGGAUCGUCAUUUCAAAGGGGUUCCAGUCACCAAAAUGUAGGUGUACAACCCAGUCAUCUCUAUAGAUACGGUUACUCGUCUGCUAAUAGCUAUGGUAACACUGGCUGCUUUUACUGCGUUGCUGGUGGAGCUCAAAGAAAACCAAACGAACGAUUCGUGUUUGAUGACAAUUGUUAUCGAUUUUCAUGCUUCUGUGCAUGCAAUGGAAGUUGGGAGUGCCCUGCCUCUCAAACACAGGAAAUAUGUAAAUCCCACUCCACCAGCUCAGGAUCUGGAUCAUCAAGUCACGGGUCUUCAUGUAGGCAGUGCACUGCCCAUGGUAAAACAUAUGCCGGAAACUCGCAUUUCCAACAUGAUGAUGGUUGUUAUAGGUUAAAUUGCGAUUGCUACUGUAACGGGUCAUGGAAUUGUCCUGCAGAUCGCACCAAAAACAUUUGCACCCCAGAGACGGGGAACUGUAGAAAGUGUAACGUCCAGGGAUACGACAGAGAACCAAACUCAAGGUUCCAGUUCGACAAGAAUUGUUUCCGGUUCGACUGUGAUUGUAACUGUGACGGGUCCUAUGUCUGUCCUGCUGAGAGGACAAGGAGAAUCCCCGGAUGUGGAAGUCAUCGCACACGCCAAGGAACGGAAGGCACAAACUGUACCGAGUGCGUGGUUCAAGGUAGUAAAUAUCGAUCGGGUACAAGAUUUCAGUAUGUAAACGGCUGUGCCGAGUACGAUUGCGACUGUUUCUGUGACGGAAGCUUUAAUUGUCCACCAAGUCGUACCGUGGACAUCUGUAGGGACAAGCCAAACUCAUGUACCGAGUGUGAAUACGCCGGAACAAAAUACCCAGGGAAUUCAGACUUUGUGAUUAAUGAGAAGUGUUCUCAGAUUAAGUGUUCGUGUGAUUGUGAAGGUAAAAUCACGUGUAAAGAUGCCAUUAACACGUGUACAGAUCGCGGUGAUCUGGGUUAAGGGUGUACGGCGUGUACUGUAUGGUUUUAGGUUAUGUCUGCAUAGUAGUGCAUUUUCUAGAUUGUAGAAAAUGAGUUGAAGUUUUAAAACGUGAUAUGAUUAUUUUUUUAAAGGAAUGAAAAGCUGUUAGGUUUUGUAAAAGAUUUAUUUAUAAGAUGUCUUUGUACCAGAUUAGUUGUAUUAAUGUUGAAAAGAAAGUCUUGAUUAUACAUACAUAUAAGACAUACGUGUUGCUCUAUGUUUGUGAAUUGGUUUGUUCUUAAUACGUAUGUAAAAUUCAUAUAUUAAUAUUUUUAUAAGUAUAAUAAAAGGAAUCUCUUGCGUAA